AAUAUUUAGUAUUUCUAGUUCCAACCGAAUAAAAAACUACAGCUCUGAGAGACCCUUGGCAAUUAAGAUUUAGUUGCAUUAUCUGAUGCUGUGUUCAAGUCUGGUUUUGACAAUAAGUAUUUGUUCUCACACACAUCACUGUCCUUUGAAAUAUCGAAUUUGUUGACAGCAUUAAGACACAAAACAAAACAGUAAGGCUUUCUCUAAACACAAAAGUAGUACAAAUUUGACUAUACUUACAAGACCCCCUUAGUGCAGAUACAGUUAUAGCAGUAUGAAAGUGCCUUAUACCAGUAUAACAUUCCUAUACAGGAUGGGGAAUGAGCUCUACUGUAUUACACACCUUUGUACAGUAUAUCUGUGUCCACCUUAGGGGUUGUACUGGUACAACUAUAGCUGUAAAAAGCUCACUCCCUCAACCAAUAUAGUUAUACCAGUACAACACUUUUGUGUAAUCCAGGACUGAGCCUUUAACGUGUUACAUUAUUAAAGUUGUCAUGAGCGGUUGUGGCAUAGCUUCAUCAGAUAAGCAAUUCUGAAACUAUCAAAACAACAGCAAGAUAAGCAAAAUACAUGCUAAAAAUAGUUGGCCUUUUAAAAUGUGUAAUUUGUACCAUGUACUUUACCCUCUCGCAUGAGUAUAAAAAUCCAUGAGAAGAGCACAAGCUAUUACGGAAAGAACCAUGAAGGCCUUUCUUCUGCUAGCAGCCAUUGGAUUUUGUUCAGCGCAAUAUAAGCCAAAUACAAAGCCUGGGAAGACGUCUAUUGUCCACCUGUUUGAAUGGCGUUGGGCUGACAUUGCUCUUGAAUGUGAACGGUAUUUAGCACCCAAUGGAUUUGGUGGAGUUCAGAUAUCUCCUCCAAAUGAAAAUAUUGUCAUUACUAACCCGUGGAGACCAUGGUGGGAAAGAUACCAGCCAAUCAGCUACAAUCUAUGUACACGAUCUGGAUAUUAUGAUGAAUUUAAAGACAUGGUGACCAGAUGCAACAAUGUUGGAGUUCAUAUUUAUGUGGAUGCUGUAGUCAACCACAUGUGUGGAUCUGGUGCUGGCUUUGGUAAUAGUUCUACUUGUGGAAGCUAUUUCAAUGCAGAGACCAGAGAUUUUCCUGCUGUGCCAUACUCAGCCUGGGACUUUAACGAUGGUAAAUGUAAAACUGGAAGUGGAGAAAUUGAAAAUUACCAUGAUGUGACUCAGGUCCGUGACUGUCGCCUUGUCAGUCUUCUUGAUCUUGCCCUGGAGAAGGACUAUGUGCGCUCGAAAGUUUCUGAAUACAUGAACGAACUUAUUGAUAUUGGUGUGGCAGGCUUCAGAAUUGAUGCUUCCAAGCAUAUGUGGCCUGGGGACAUGACGACAUUUUUAGACAAACUGAAAAAUCUAACUACACCAUGGUUUUCCAAAGGAUCGAGACCUUUCAUUUACCAGGAGGUAAUUGACUUGGGUGGAGAGCCAAUUAAAAGCAGUGACUACUUCGGAAAUGGCCGAGUGACUGAAUUCAAAUAUGGUGCCAAACUGGGUACAGUGAUCCGCAAAUGGAAUGGAGAAAAGAUGGCCUAUUUAAAGAACUGGGGAGAAGGCUGGGGUUUCAUGCCCUCUGACAGAGCCCUUGUCUUUGUGGAUAAUCAUGACACCCAAAGGGGACAUGGUGCUGGGGGAGCUUCUGUUCUAACCUUCUGGGAUUCCAGACUAUAUAAAAUGGCACUUGGCUUUAUGCUUGCUCAUCCUUAUGGAUUUACACGUGUUAUGUCAAGUUACCGUUGGCCAAGAUAUUUUGAGAAUGGAAAGGACAUUAAUGAUUGGGUGGGACCACCAAGCUCUGAGGAUGGAUCAACCAAACCUGUUACAAUUAAUCCAGACUCCACUUGUGGCAACGACUGGGUCUGUGAACAUAGAUGGCGUCAAAUAAAGAACAUGGUUAUUUUCCGUAAUGUGGCUGAUGACCAGCCUUUCUCAAACUGGUGGGACAAUGACAGCAAUCAAGUGGCUUUUGGGCGUGGUAAUAGAGGAUUCAUCGUCUUUAAUAAUGAUGACUGGAGCUUGAAUGUGAAUUUGCAAACGGGCCUUCCUGCUGGAAUUUACUGUGAUGUUAUUUCUGGGCAAAAGGAAGGUGACCGCUGUACAGGAAUACAGGUGCAGGUUGUAGGUGACGGCACUGCUAACUUCCAGAUUAGUAACCAGGCUGAAGAUCCUUUCAUUGCAAUUCACGUUGAUGCUACAUUGUAAUCCAUGCAAGAAUGAAUGAUUCUCUGUAUAACAUCUCUAGCAAGGAAUAAACUGUCUUGGCACAAAA